UUUCACUCUGCCUAUAUAAAUGCAAGUCCCAGUCCAGUUGUUGGUAGUCAGAGUGACACAUCCGAAGCUGUCUGGUCCUGAAAAACUGCUGCUUCAGGACUGAUAGAGCUCUUCACGUGACUGCCGCAGCACUGAAAAAUUGGAAUUGUGUCUUGAAGCUCAAGAUGUCCCUGUACUGUUGGCUGGCCCUGGUGGCCCUGGUCCCUAUGACCUUAAGCACCGAACCCGGGGUGAAGGUCAGACUGACAGCAAAAGGCCUUGAAUAUGGCAGACAACUGGGAAUGGCGGCACUCCAGGAGAAACUCAAAGCCAUCCGGAUCCCAGAUUUUUCAGGGAAAGAGAGGGUGUCUGGCAUCGGCAAGGUCAGGUACAGCCUGUCAAACAUCAAUAUCAAGAGCGUUGGACUGCCGACAUCUGCAGUGACUCUGGUGGCAGGGACGGGUGUCAAGAUGUCCAUUACUGGUGCCUUUAUCAGUCUGCAUGGAAACUGGAGGGUCAAGUACCUCUUCAUAAGGGACAGCGGCUCUUUUGACCUGGAUGUGAGGGAUCUCAGUAUCUCUGCCACCAUUGCCGUGGGCAGGGAUGCGACAGGCCAUCCCACGGUCAGCAGCGCAGACUGUGCCGCCAACGUCGGCAGCGCUAGAGUCAAAUUCCACGGCGGGGGCAGCUGGCUGUACAAUCUCUUCUCAAAAUACAUUAAUAGGGCUUUGCAGAGGGCAAUGGAGAAACAGAUCUGCCCCCUGGUGACCAAGGCGGUAUCUGACAUGAACCCUCGUCUGCAAACUCUCAACGUUUUGGCCAAGGUGGACAAGCAUGCCGAGAUUGAAUACUCCAUGGUGUCGCCGCCCGCAGUUUCAGCAUCCGCCAUUGACUUGAACUUGAAGGGUGAGUUUUACAACAUCGGGAACCAUCAGGAGCCUCCCUUCUCCCCGAAAGCCAUCUCCCUGCCGCCCCAGGUCAGCAACAUGGUGUACAUCAGCCUGUCCGCCUUCACUGCCAACUCCGCAGGCUUCGUCUACAACAGAGCGGGAAUCCUCACCCAGGACGUCACCGACGACAUGAUCCCGAGAUUAUCUCCCAUCCGACUCAACACCAGAACGUUUGGAGUCUUCAUCCCGGAGAUUGCCAGGCGUUUCCCGGGUCUGAUGAUGAAACUGGUGGUGAGGACAUCUAAGGAUCCCUUCGUCAGUUUUGAGCCUAACAGCAUGACAGUUAAUGCCACCGGCACGGUGACGGCCUACGCCAUCCAACCCAAUGCCACGCUUACCUCUCUCUUCGUCCUGAACUUGGAAACCAGCGUCAGCGCCCAAGUGUUUCUCAGCGGAAUGAGGCUGGCUGGAGCUGUCAACCUAAACAGAUUUGAUCUGACCCUGGGGACGAGCUCCGUGGGACAGUUUCGGGUCAAGUCCCUGGACAGCAUCUUUGAAAUGGUCCUCAAAGUGGUGGUGAUACCCGUGCUGAAUGUUCAACUUGCGAAGGGAUACCCACUUCCUGCACUGAGAAACAUGAACCUCCUGAACACCCAGCUUCAGAUCCUGAAGGACAAUAUCCUGAUUGCGACAGAUGUCCAGUUCACAGGUUAGAAAGGCAUUUAUGCAAACUGCCAGAGAUCAUUUCUGCACUGCACACGCCUCCAUGAUCACAGCCAGAGAACAACUUCUCCUACAAGCCUGAGAAACAAGACAGGCUUCUCCUCAAAUCUUCUAAAAUUUAGCUUUCUUUUCAUGCUGUUUUUUUUCUAUCUGUUAAAAUUUGAACUCAGACCAGGUUUUCUAUAUAUUAAAUGUAGAUUCACUUUUCCAGCAAGGUUACUGCAGCAGUCGUAUAAUAACAGGACUCGGUCUGCAGGACAGGGUUUGCAGUUUGUCACUACAAUCAUCUUCUUUAUAAUAACAUGCUUCUUCCAAAGCACUUUCUGCUGCUGACUUUGGGGAAAAAAAAUCUUUCUAAAACUUUCUGACUUUGUAGCUCACGGAGCGAUUUUGGCAAAUGUGCUGACCCGCGACAUUUUGACUGCAGUCCCAGAAAAAAAAAAAAAAAAAAAACGUGAAGCCAUCAAUCAAGCACAAGACAAAACGCAUAAGAUGCAGUCGUUUGUAUUAAAUAAUCACUAUAUCUGACAUCAUCUGGACAGGUUUUUGUAUUUUCAGCAGUUCAGUUUGUACAUACACAUUGAUAUUACUAGUGCUGCAGCCAACAAUGAUUUCCAUAUUGACUCACUAGUCAAUUAAUCAACUUAUCAUAGCAGCUCUAGUAAGUACUGACUGUAUACAAAAGCAGUCCAGGGCGACUGUAAGCUGAUCCCAGUAAAACCAGCCUCUUUGUGUCACUGUCAACAAGGGGUAGUGUGCUAGUUUUCCAUAGGAAUAAGAGUUUGUAUCCCGCGGUGACACCCGGGUCCAUCAAGGGCAGGUCUCAGUCCUGCUGAGGUCUGAGGCCACGUGUUCAUCCAGCUGGCAGUGCUUCACCGUGCCACUCAGGGAGCUGUGGCUGAUGGCGCGGCCUCUCAGGCUCUGCGAGUUGGCCGACAGAAUCUGUAUCAAAGACACAGAGAGGGAAUGAGUGAACGAAGAAACCUUUUAAAUGACCAGACAAUGCCUUAAAGUUCUCCACUGUGUUGAAAUGAUGUCCUCCGACUGUUACCAUUGACUAUAAGCAGACUGUUUGUUCGUGCUAGUUUCUGAGACCUUUUAUGUGAUUUUAAUGAAGAUGUCUAAACCUGAACACCUGGGAUUGUUUUCUCAUUUUAGAAGAAGAAGAAAAAUCAUUUCACUGCUGCUGUACUUGUAUAAUUGCAUGUGAUAAAUUAAACCUUUGAUUCUUGAA